UUGUAGUCGUCGCUUACAGACUCUAUCAGGAGACAGAUGAAGUUAACAGCUCAGUAUGCACUAGGGUGUAGGGAGUGGCUUACACAAACAACAGGAUCUGGGAUACAGCCGAAUACAUUACACCAACGCAGUAAACUCUUUUUGUGAUGACCAACGUCAUUAAGACAGAGAAUCAGCUUGAGCAGAGGUUCCCUGAGUAUCCCUUCUCCAAAGCCAUCUGCUCUUCAGACAAAUCCUGUGAAAAAGGGAGUGUCAUCCACAGUCAUAAAAUUCAAACAGGAGGAUGUGUGAAUUAUAAUGCAACUGUUAAAACCUGUGAGGUCAGGGCAUGGUGCCCUGUGGAACCCAUGGAAAACUCCCCUAGGCCUGCUGUUCUGAGGAGUUCUGAAGACUUCACUGUGCUAAUAAAGAACAACAUUCACUUCCCAAAAUUUAAUUACCCCAUACUAAAUAUUCCACCAAAUUUAAAUAGUUCCUGCACAUACAAUACUUCCCCGCUCUGUCCAAUUUUCUGUCUGGGAGAUAUCCUUCAGGAAGCAAAAGAGAAUUUUUCUGAGGUGGCAGUAAAGGGAGGAAUCAUUGCCAUUGAGAUUAACUGGGACUGUAACUUGGACAGCUGGUUUUACGACUGCAGUCCAAAGUAUGGUUUCUGCUGCCUUGAUGACCAAUACCUCAUGGCGUUAUAUCCUCCAGGGAAGCUGCACAGAUCUUCAUUUACUCUUUGCAAAUAUGCAAGGUACUACUAGCUACCACAUGGGAAGGAACAGAGAACCCUUUUCAACGUCUAUGGAAUACGGUUUGAUAUCCCUGUCUUUGGCACAUUGCAGAGCCACCCUGUGAAAUGCUGUGAUGCUGGCAGCUGCUGCACAAGUGAGUCCAAUGAGAACCAUGAUAACAAAGAAUCCGAGCCGAUGCGCACCAAAUCCAAGCUGAUGGGCACCAGUGAGAACGACGAGAACCAUGACAAUGAAGAAUACAAGCUGGGACAGCCUCUCAGGCAAGGGGCCUCUUCCCUAGACCGCAAAAAGAGGUGCUGCUGUGGCAAAUGGCAGCCAAGACAGAAGUACCAAGAGCAGCUCUGCUGCUGAAGGAAAAAAAGGCAGUGCAUCACAACCACCCAUUGGUUUCAGCAGCUGGUGCUGUCCAGUCACACCCUGAAGAAAGGCCUUCUCUACAAAGACCCCUUUCUGGACUUGAUGGAUGGCAAUAUCAACAACCAGCUGUGUCACCUUGCUUACAAGAAAUACAUUCACUGGCACUUUGGCUCCUUUGAUCUGGAAGACAGAGACAUCAUUCCAAGCUGCUGCAGGUGAAAAAUUAGAGACACUUAUCCCAAAGCAGUCAACAACUAUACUGGUUUUAAGAUGGAAUGA